AAUAUUCCCUUUACCCUAAACUAAAAGGCAAAUGAACCUAUCCACACUAAAAAAUGAUUUCGCAUUGAUACUGUGAUGAACAUGCCCACAAUUACGGUUAGAUUCAGAAUCUUUUAAACAGAAGAUCCAAAAAAGGAAGAAAAAUAAAAUAUAACAAAAAGAUUGACACUCUCAGAGUCACCACACAGACCACUCACCAAUUAGCGGCCACCAUUUGGUGUUUACAUCAUUUUCAUACGCAGUCCACAGAGCUUUCUCCCUCAUCGACAACAAUGGCGACCACGAGAGUAAUAGCGUCGGCCGGCAACGCCGUCACCGGCACCCUGCUCGCGAGAUCUCCGCUGAGGGGAAAGCCCCAGAUUCUCAGCUUCAGCCUCAGAAGCAACCACAGGUCGUUGACGCAAAAGAGCCGGCUGUUAAGUUGCAGAGCGAUUUACAAUCCCCAAAUUCAGAUUCAGGAAGAGGGCCAACCCGAAACCCUAGACUACCGCGUGUUCUUCCUCGAUAAUGCCGGAAAAAAGAUUUCCCCUUGGCAUGAUAUACCGUUGCAGGUGGGAGAUGGUGCAUUCAAUUUUAUUGUUGAGAUUCCAAAAGAAUCAAGUGCAAAGAUGGAGGUUGCUACAGAUGAGGUUUUUACUCCUAUUAAGCAAGAUACAAAGAAGGGAAAACUUCGAUACUACCCCUACAACAUAAACUGGAACUAUGGAUUGCUUCCACAAACUUGGGAAGACCCGUCAUUUGCAAAUGCAGAAGUCGAUGGGGCAUUUGGCGACAACGAUCCAGUUGAUGUCGUUGAGAUUGGGGAAAACCGAGCUAAAAUCGGGCAAGUUUUGAGAGUGAAGCCCUUGGCUGCUUUGGCUAUGAUUGACGAAGGGGAGCUUGACUGGAAAAUUAUCGCGAUUUCAUUGGAUGACCCUAGAGCUUCCAUUGUUAAUGACGUGGAUGAUGUCGAGAAGCAUUUUCCGGAUUUUGCUCUUAAGGUUAUAACGGAAACGAAUGAGGCGUGGGCUAAACUUGUGAAAAGAUCGAUUCCAGCCGGUGAACUUUCUCUUGUCUGAAUACGUCCCAUAAGAUUUUAUUAGUCGAGAUUUCGCCAUAAAAAGAGUCCAUUGAAGAUGUGUAUCCAUUUAGCAUUGCAACAGCUUCUACUCUGAAAUAUUUUGACAUUUUUUGAGAAUGAAGAGAUCCUCCUAUUUUUAUUGUCUUUUGUGUUUGCUGGUGUGAACUUUAUAACCCCAACCUAUUAACUCCAUGAUUUUUCAAAUUUUGCAAUUCCAUCAUUAUUUUUUUUAACCAAUUCAAUACAUCACCUUUUUAGUUUUACUUGUUCAAAUUGAAACGUAUGCCCCUGGAAAGUUUUCAAAAAUAUCAAAUAUGCGUAAAUUCUGAAUAAAUUCCCC